GCGAGCGGCGAGGAGAGGAGGUAGGGCGUUCGGCUGGUGCGGCGAGGCAAGACUGCGCUUUGGCGAGGGAAAAAGCGAGGCGGAAGAAGAAGCCCGGCGACCGAGCCGCUCCCUCUCUCUUUGCCGGCGCGUUUACGGAACGCUGUGGGGCUCCUUCCCCUGCUGUGAGUGGGCGUGCGAGGCUGAGGAAAAAGGGGGUGAUGCGUUUCCAGCUGGCGGCCAUCUCCACCAAAGCCGCUGCUUCCACCGCCGCAGCCGCUGCCUCCACCGGGGCUUAAGAGAGACGCGCUCGAGCGGAAUCUUCCGCCCUCGCCUUCUUAAGUAGCGGGAUCUAUCCCGACAUGAGCCGCGAAGCCAACUUCGCUCGUUCCUGAACAGCCGGCGACGCUCUUCCACCUGACCAGCAGACCCCACCGCUUGCCACACCGCCCACCAACCCACCCCCCGGCGAAUCCGCCCGGCUGUCGGAAAUGGGGGUGAACUCGGUGCACUGGUUCCGCAAGGGGCUUCGACUCCACGACAACCCAGCGCUGAGGGAAGUCAUCGAGGGGGCCGAUACGGUGCGCUGCGUCUACAUCCUGGACCCUUGGUUCGCGGGAUCCUCCAACGUGGGAAUCAACCGGUGGAGAUUUCUCCUUCAGUGUCUUGAGGACUUGGAUGCCAACUUACGAAAGCUAAACUCUCGGUUAUUUGUGAUUAGAGGACAACCUGCAGACGUAUUUCCUAGGCUUUUCAAGGAAUGGAAUAUUUCAAAACUUUCUUUUGAAUAUGACUCUGAACCAUUUGGAAAGGAGAGAGAUGCAGCAAUUAAAAAAUUGGCCACUGAAGCAGGAUUGGAAGUCAUUGUACGGAUAUCGCAUACCUUAUAUGACCUAGACAAAAUUAUAGAAUUAAAUGGAGGCCAGCCACCUCUUACUUAUAAGAGAUUCCAAACUCUAAUAAGUAGAAUGGAACCAUUGGAGAUGCCUGUAGAAACUAUCACUGAAGAAGUCAUGUCAAAAUGUACCACCCCAGUUUCUGAUGAUCAUGAUGAAAAAUAUGGAGUUCCGUCACUUGAAGAACUAGGUUUUGAUACAGAUGGAUUGCCUUCCGCCGUUUGGCCAGGAGGAGAAACAGAAGCACUCACGAGACUGGAAAGACAUUUGGAAAGAAAGGCUUGGGUUGCAAACUUUGAACGACCUCGAAUGAAUGCGAAUUCCCUUCUUGCAAGUCCAACAGGACUUAGUCCUUAUCUACGUUUUGGCUGUUUAUCUUGCCGUCUAUUUUACUUCAAAUUAACAGAUUUGUACAAAAAGGUGAAGAAGAACAGCUCUCCUCCUCUUUCCCUGUAUGGACAAUUGUUGUGGCGUGAAUUCUUCUACACAGCAGCAACUAAUAAUCCACGAUUUGAUAAAAUGGAAGGCAAUCCCAUAUGUGUGCAGAUUCCUUGGGACAAAAAUCCGGAGGCUUUGGCCAAAUGGGCAGAGGGUCAGACAGGAUUCCCUUGGAUUGAUGCUAUUAUGACCCAGCUGCGUCAGGAAGGCUGGAUUCAUCAUCUUGCCAGACAUGCUGUGGCAUGCUUCUUAACUCGAGGUGAUCUGUGGAUUAGCUGGGAGGAAGGAAUGAAGGUAUUUGAAGAAUUGCUUCUUGAUGCAGACUGGAGUGUGAAUGCAGGCAGUUGGAUGUGGCUCUCUUGUAGUUCAUUUUUCCAGCAAUUUUUCCACUGUUACUGUCCUGUGGGUUUUGGCAGGAGAACUGAUCCUAACGGGGACUAUAUCAGACGGUAUCUACCUAUACUCAGAGGUUUUCCUGCAAAGUAUAUAUAUGAUCCUUGGAAUGCCCCUGAGGGAGUGCAGAAAGCUGCAAAAUGUAUAAUAGGAAUAAAUUACCCCAAGCCAAUGGUAAAUCAUGCUGAGGCGAGUCGAUUGAAUAUUGAAAGGAUGAAACAAAUCUACCAACAAUUAUCCCGAUACAGAGGAUUGGGUCUCCUUGCUUCAGUGCCUUCUAAUGGAAAUGGAAACGGAAAUGGAAACGGAAACGGUGGCCUAAUGAGAUAUUCUUCAAGUGAAAAUCUCCCUGGUUGUAUUGGUACAAGUGGUACUCAAAUGGGAACCAGUGAAGGACAUACAGGGAAUGUUCAAUCAUGCACCCUUGGAGAGACUCAUAAAGGAACAAGUGGAAUUCACCAGCAAGGUUACCCUCAAGGGAACAGUGGAAUUUUACAUUAUGUUCAUGGGGACAGUAAAAAAACACACUUAGUGCAACAAGGAAGAACAUCACUUAGUGUUGGAGUGUGUUCUGGGAAGCGGCCAAAUCCAGAAGAAGGAAUUCAAAGUAUUGGUCCAAAAGUCCAGAGACAGAGCAGUAAUUAAUGGGAUAAAACUGAGUUGUGAAGGAAAUGAUUGAUAAACUACAUUCUAAUCUCACAAAGAGGAAACUAAGCGUGCCUGCUGCAUUUUUUGGGAGCAUAACUUUCUUGGAAGAAGUGGACCAAACACCAUUGCAUCUAAAAUCCUAUUUGGCAGUGGCCAAGAACUCCCUGUCAUUAAUUUCAUACUUCGAGCAGUCAUAAUCUUAUCUCGAGUGUGGCUUGUACUGUCAUUUAACUACAUCCAGUUUCUAUUUUUCCAUUAAAUUGUGAAUUAAUGUGGUUUUGUUUCUUUGAAUUUGCUGGGAGAGAAAAAUAUUUACUUGAAACCCACUAGUCAUUUGCGUAUCAUCUUGGGUAAUGGGCAGUAUUUAUUUUUUCUUGAAAUUAUUUGUUAAUUUUUAUGCAUCCCAAUUUAUUUUUAUAGUGGGAAGUUUUAAAAAAAUUAUUUCAUCUGUUGUCAUUUUCUAUAGAUGACACUUUUCCCUAAGCUUUUAUAGCCUGAGCAGUUUAAUAUUUUUCCAUUUUAUAUUCAUGUUUUUUUCCUUUUUCUUAAGAUAGACUAUGUAGAUGCAUUCAGGGUAAUGUAUACGUAGCACAUGGAUUUAUCUAUGUCACUUGGAAUAUUUUUCUCUUAGGACUUUUAAAUUCUUAAAUUGCUUCUUAUAUGCAUGAGCAGCAGACUUACCAAUUGGUUAAUAAUAAUUAGCCAUGCAUAUUUCCAAACAUAUUUUUCUCAGAAAAAACUUAGUCUACCCUUUACUUCUUGAAGCCUGGGAGGGCAUGUGAUUCCUAAAGCAUUUUGAACUAAAGCAUCUUAGAAAAGAUGAAGAGCUUCAUCUUUCUCUUUUGAAUAAAUGUCAAGAAAAAAUGAAAUAUUUUAUUGUUGAGUUUUUUUACCACCUGGCACACAAUGAUGGAGUUAUCUAUUAUCUAGGUCCUCGGCAUGGUGCAGGUGCAAGUUAUACCUUGAUGCCCACUAAGCAUACUACCUAAUUUUUUAAAAACAAAAUUAAGGGUGGCGGGGGUGGCGGCGGCGGAAGAGAAGCUAGCAUGUUGCAGAACAUCACCUUCAAGCAUAAUUUCUGUCUGUGCUUGAUAUACAAAGGCAUUCUUCACCAAUAAAACAAUAGAUUGCUACACUGCA